GAUGGGAACAGGAAGUCCAAAAUGGCGAUGGACGGAAUGAUGUCCACGUCCUCGGGUCUAUCUUAUCACAAUGCCGGGGACUUUUACCCGAGAAAGUUCGGCCCGAAGCCGGACGUGGUGCCGUCCGGGGUGACGGAGAGGAAGGUGGGGCCGCUGGAUAAACCGGACAUGGUGUCGGUGGAUGUCCUCAACAUCAAGGAUUCAGACGUCCCGAUGCACAGGAAGAAGCACGAGCACGACACCUACGUCCUGGGGACUAUUCACCCGUUCAGGAAGACGCACAGAUCCAUCUUUGGGAAGCUUCUGCAGGAGUUCAGGCUGGUGUCCUCAGACAGACGAUCGUGGAGGAUCCUGCUGUUCGGGGUGCUCAACCUGCUGUGCACCGGCUGUCUGCUGAUGUGGUGCAGCUCCACCAACAGCAUGG